AAUCAUGCUGCUGUUUCUUCAAACACGCGUCAUCGGGUUUUUUCUCCAACUUGUAAACACGUGGACGCAGCGGAGUGUGUUCCUGUCUCUCCACGGAGGAUAUUUAAGCUAAACCAGUUCUCUAUCGUCCUUGAAAUGGCAAAAAGCCUCAGGAGCAAAUGGAAGAGGAAGAUGCGUGCAGAGAAGAGGAAGAAAAAUGCUCCCAAGGAGUUGGCCCGUCUGAAACAAGCUCUGAGUCUGGAUAAGAAAGGAGAAGCUACCAUGACUGACAUCCAGGAGAUUGCCACAGUGGUGCCAGCUGACAAGAUCAAGAAGCAAACCGAUGCAGACAUGGUGGAGGUUGAGGGUGAAGAUGGGAAGAUGGAACUGGACAGCAAGCGCAACAAGAAAACUCAGUUGGAUGAAAAUGGUCAGUACCCUGGGUGGAUGAGUCAACGGCAGGCCAAGAAACUGAAAGGCAAACGGGUG